AUGACUCUGCUGUUGCUCAUACUGUCACUUCUUCAUCAAGGAUACUCUUUGGUUCCAGUGGUCACAGUUGAACCUGGUGAAGCUGUGACUUUGACUUGUGCUUUUUCUGGCAAUUUUCAGAGCAGCACAUGGCUUCACUGGUACAAGCAGAAUGCAGGGGACACUCUCAAAUUGAUUGCGAGUCUCCAAAAAAACCUAAAACCUAUUUACGGACCAGCUUCAGCUUCCAGAUUUAAUGUGAGCAACACAGAGAUAAUGAGCAGCUUAACAAUUUUGGAAACAGUGCAAGAAGAUGAAGGAAUGUAUCACUGCAUUCAAACGGAUUUGUAUGGAUCUACCUGCAAUGGAACCUAUUUGUCGAUAAAAGUUCAUUCUGAGAGGACCAUGAGCUUCACUGUUGUUCAGCAGCCAGCAGUUUUUCUUCCCCAUCAUCCAGACAACUCGGUGACCUUGCAGUGUUUGGUCCUCUCCGGUUCAAAAAACACGACCUGUUCAGAAGAACCUCGUGUGUUCUGGUUCAAAGCCGGAUCAAAUAAAUCUUACCCACAUAUUAUCUACACUGAUGGAAAAAAAGCUGGAAAUUGUGACAAGAGGUUUGACUCUCAGGAGAAAUGUAUUUAUAACUUCUCUAAGAGCUUCAGUUCCUCUGAUGUCGGGACAUAUUACUGUGCCGUGGCCACUUGUGGACAGAUAGUAUUUGGAAAUGGAACAAGUCUUAGAAAUGAUAAAACAUCAAAAAUCAGCAUGCUGUUAGUCACAGUAAUCUGUUUGGCCAUUUCUUUGACUGGUAAUAUUGCUCUAUUCUGCUUUCGAAUGCAAAGAUCAUCAUGUCAACGCUAUAAAGAAGGUUCUUCUUCACAAACAAGAGGCAAUAUUAACCAAAAACCAGAGGAUGUUAUUGAAGAUGGAGCUGAUCUGAACUACGCUGCAUUACAUUUCUCUGAAGGAAGAGCAUCAAGAGGAAAGAAGAAGAGAGAGCUGAUGACUAAAGAAAGUGUGUAUUCACAGGUUAAAGCUUCAGCGUGAACAUGUGUGUGUAAACUUGUAUGGAAACUCAAAUAUGUU